AUUCAUUUGACAUUUGUUGACAUUUGUAAUUUUGUAGUCGGUGACGGUGAUGCACUUUACCCGGAAGAUAGUGGAAAUCAGUAUUUUUCAGUUAUUUCAUAUCUUAUUAAUAAUCAUUCCUUAUUUGUAGAAGAUACCCUAUUUCUUAGGUUCUAUGUGAGUUCUUUAUCGAAAGGGAAACUUUUUACCUAAUCUUCUACUCUACUGUAAUAUUAUUUGGAAAAAUGGAUAAAAAGCUCAACAUUACUGAUAUAUAUUCCAUGUACAGACGAUGGGUUAUUAGUAAUCCAGGAGUGGUGACUGAUGUUGAAACAGUUGUAACUUGGUCUUCAUAUUUUGUUGCUGGCAAAAUAAACAAGUCACCAAUUAUUUCAGAACUAGUGUAUUCGUUGUCGAAACUACUAUCUUUAUUUAAUGAUCGUAUUAUUCAAGAGGCUUACGGCAAUGAUAUACAACAUUAUGGCCUUCAACAACAAAUAAAGUUGUUGUUAACAAUUAUACAUUACUGUGAAGUUUUUGUUGAGCUUGUUGUAAAGAACCGAUGGGGAAACAAAGGUAAAUGGACUGUGGCGACAUUUCUGCAGAUCUUCAAAUGCUCUUCAGCUAUCAUUUUGCUUUAUCGAUUCAAGGAACUGCCUAUACAACAUCCACCAGUACCUACAUUACAAAGAAAAAAGAUUAUAGAGGGUAUAGACACUGACAAUAAGUCCAAUUCAUUUUUUACAUUAAGAAGAUCAGGUCGAGUUCUGCGCCGUGUUGAUGGUGCACCACCCAUUGCAUUACGUGACUGGGAGCCUAUAAAUGCCAAAGAUGAUCUACCAAUGAACAUUGAUAUCAAAGAUUUAAUGCAGGCAGAGCUAUUGCAUAUUCUGAAGCCAGUAAUCCACCUAGCAGCAAUGAGACUAUUUGGUACAAAGUCUUGGAAGCAGUGGCUUGUUGCCCUUGGCAUUGAUUUGAUGAGUUUUAGACUUUACAAUCAGCAAUUUAAAGUCUUAUCUCAUGAACAGAGAUUAGAAAUAAGUAGGAGAAAACUUGGACUUGUAUUGUACUUGUUACGUAGUCCAAUGUAUAAUGGCUACUCUCAACGUGUGAUUGAGGAAACAUUGCAAUCAGCAUCCAGUAAAAUACCAAUGAUGUCAUUUAUUUGUGGCCCAAUAAUACAAUAUCUAAGCCAUUGGCAGGAUAUUUAUUUCUACAUGUGGGCAUCAUAAACACAGUUAAUUUUCAUUAUUAUUAAUAUGCUAUGGCAAAAUAAUUUCCUGCAGAUUGUUAUUAUAUUAUUGGUUUAAGGUUAUUUUUAUAUUUAUAUGACAUCUACAAUUAUUAUAUAUUAUACAAUUAUUUUGA